AUGGCAGAGGAAUAUGAACUGUCCAGUGCAUCUGAAUUUAUUAAAGACCGGUUGUACUUUGCCGCUCUUCGUGUCAAGCCAAAGAAUACGGCCAGCACACACUACUUCAGCACGGACGAGGACUUCGUAUAUGAGAGUUUCUAUGCGGACUUUGGGCCCCUAAAUCUCGCCAUGCUGUACAGAUACUGCUGCAAACUCAACAAGAAGCUCAAGUCCUUCACCAUGUCUAGAAAGAAACUGGUCCACUACACCAGUUACGACCAGAAGAAGAGAGCCAAUGAUGCUGUUCUCAUCGGUGCCUAUGCUGUAAUCUAUUUGAAAAGAAGCCCGGAAGAAGCCUACAGGACUCUGAUCUCAGGAAACAACACAGGCUUCCUGCCGUUCAGGGAUGCAGCAGUGGGAGAGUGCUCCUUCAAUCUCACUGUCCUUGACUGCUUACAAGGAAUACGCAAGGCAUUACAACAUGGUUUCCUUGACUUUGAAAAUUUCAGCGUUGAGGAAUAUGAGCAUUAUGAGCGAGUGGAAAAUGGGGACAUGAACUGGAUCAUUCCAGGAAAGGUUCUGGCAUUCAGCAGCCCUCACCCUCGCAGUAAGAUAGAAAAUGGUUAUCCUCUCCACGCACCUGAGGCGUAUUUUGCAUACUUUCGCCAAAACAACGUCACAGCAGUAGUGCGGCUAAACAGGAAGUUGUACGAUGGCAGGCGGUUUGAGGAUGCAGGAUUUGAGCACCAUGACCUCUUCUUCCUGGAUGGUACCACACCCUCUGACCUCAUCAUCAGACGCUUCCUGCACGUGUGUGAAAGUACUGAAGGAGCGGUGGCUGUGCACUGUAAAGCUGGCCUGGGCCGGACAGGCACUCUGAUUGGCUGUUACAUGAUGAAGCACUUCCGGUUCACUGCGGCUGAAUCCAUCGCCUGGAUCAGAAUUUGCCGGCCUGGAUCCAUCAUUGGACCGCAGCAGAACUUCUUAGAGGAGAAACAACACAGUUUGUGGGUCCAGGGUGAUGUCCAUCGCUCUAAACUGAAACUGGUUCAGCAAAGACUGAGUCGACGGCAGCACCUGCAGCAACAGAGUUCACAGCAGCUUCACAGCCCCGACUCUGAGGGGAGGGGACAGGAAGUCAUGUCCCGCCUCCUCUCCAGCAUGGACGACCUGUCGAUCAACACCACCCUUUACAAAUCAUACAGCUUGGAUGAGAGUAACUACAAGGAAGGCAGUCUUACUCAGGGAGACAAACUGAGAGCACUGAAAGGCAGACGACCGCCUCGAUCAGCUUCCUCCUCCUCAAGGUUAAACCUGUGUAAGACCUCUCACUGUUCCAUUCUCCCACCCCCUAAAUCCACUAAAGUUCCCCUCUCCUUCCCCACCUCCUCCUCCUCCUCCUCAUCUAAAAGGCUGGUUCGGAGUGCCUCCUCCUCCUCCACCACGCAGAUCAAGAGUCCCUUCAGCCUCAGUGUGUUCAGCACCAGGCCUGCCAUCAUUCACUGACUUCACCAUCCGGAAGUUUCCAUCCUGCUCAUAGUGGAAACUGGAUGACCAACAUGUUGUUUGCGUCUGGGCCUUAAACAUUUUAUCAAUCUUGAUAAACAAUAACCAUGAAAAUUCAAAUACAGAUAACUAACAGUGAACAAAGUUUAAUUAGUAAACAGAUUUACUAAUGACAAAACUACAUGCUAAGCACUUUACUUAAGUAAAGGUAAUACUCCAUUACAAGUUAAAAUCCUGUUUUGCAAAUCCUAGAUAAUUAAAGGUACAGAAAUACUUUAAUGUGUACUUUAAAAGUAAAAGUACAUUCAUGCAGAAUGUCCCUCAGCAUGUGUCUCACAAGACAGGGAGAUGAUCUUGGUGUCAGUUAGGCGAUGUCACAUAUCGGCUGAGGUGACAAGUGGACAAACCUUCAAUAAAGUCAGUGGUUUAAGUAAGCAAGGUAUUUUACCAGCCUACCAGCCAGUUAGCACAUUGCAAGUGAGGGUGACUGAGGGUGAGUGUAUACAGUACAUGCAGUGCAUCCCUGGACACCACAGCAUGUGUAUUACAACACUGAAUUGAAGGCGGAUCAGAAGAAUGAACGUGCCAGCUUCUGGUUUUCCAUCUGUAUCCCAAACACUGUAGACGAGGACUUCAAACAAAGCCAUAUGACUUUAAACUGCAACUGCACUUUAUUAGAACCUUAAUACACUAAAUGUUUUUGACAAAAAAUCUUAACACAAUUAUUAGUAAAUUUGUUUUGUUUUUAAUUGAGUAGGAACAGUUUGUAUACAUACAAGGACAUUCAGUACCAGCAAGCUCAACUCAGCUAAAACACGUAUCUGGUACUGAUAAGGUAUCAUCCAAGUAAAAUGUAUCAAUAUCUGUACUCUUAAUGAAGGGUAAUCCUCAUUGGGUAGCCAGCUGACAUUUAUUCAUUUAGUUUAAAUGGUAAAUGGACUGUACCACCAUUCAAAUAAUUCUGAUCAACACAUACCAAUUCCAGGCUUCCCACACAAUACUUGUUUAAGCACCGCCCACUUCAGGAUUAAGCCCCUCCCAUUCCUUGCAAGAACAGAGAUACACACUGGUUAGCUGAUUAGUUUAGUUUGUUGGUUGAUCAGAUAUAGAUAUUGGUGUGCUCACUCAGUCCCAGCCUACAAGACAAGACAUGGAAAUUGUAGACACAGCAACAAUAACAACAACAACAAUAAUAAUAAUAAUAAUCAUGAUUGGGAUAUAUUUUUAGUUGCAAACAACAAUCUUGACAGCCAAAAAUAUCAUUCAUGCAAGUCAUUCAUAAAGGGAAAUUCUUUUGUUUUCACAAAUGUUUGUAUUGAGAAUCUUUCUGUUUCAUGCAACGUCAGCACUAAUCUUUAAUGCAA